GAGUGGUAAAAAGAGUGAGACGGAGAGGACGGAAGAGGGUGCUCCGUGUGAAAGAGCCAAAUGAAAAGACGUUAGUUCGUUGUGACUGAUCAGUGCCUGAAAUUAACUCCUGUACUCGAGCGAUAUCCCCUGUCCUCUGUGUGUCGCUCAACGCCAAAAUGACCUAAAACAACCGUUUGGUUUCACGUGUACGGGUUGACUCUCGACACUCACCCAGCCAGUCAGGCAGCCACCCAAGAUGGCCACCACACCUCCACACAUCCUGGAGACCUCCAUGCCCGGGGAGAUGACCAUCCUCUCGGAUGAAGAGUGUCUCAAGGAGCGGAAGUGGUGGUGCUUCCUCCUCUCCAGCAUCUUCACCUUCCUCAUGGGGGUGUUCUCCGUCCUCAUCGUCCGUGCCUUCGUGGCCAUGUGUUGCAAGAAGGACGAGGAUGAUUACUCCCAAGCUGAGAUGCGCAGAGCCGAGGAUGAGGCCAAGAAGCUGCGGCUUCAGGGACAGAACCCGGAUGCAGGCAUCUCUGAUGGGGAUUUCAUGUCCGAGGCCAAGGAUUGGGCCGGAGAACUCAUCUCCGGUCAAACGGGAACUGGCCGGAUUUUGGUGUGCCUUGUGUUCAUUUUGUCGAUUGCGUCCCUGAUCAUCUACUUCAUCGAUGCCUCCAGUGAAGGGGUCGAGAAAUGUACCCCCUGGAACGUCAACACCACCCAACAAAUCGACUUGGCCUUCAAUAUAUUCUUCAUGGUGUACUUCUUCAUACGGUUCAUUGCGGCCAGCGACAAGUUCUGGUUCAUGCUCGAGGUGUACUCGUUCGUGGACUACUUUACCAUUCCGCCUUCAUUUGUUUCAAUCUACUUGGAUCGGACGUGGAUUGGUCUCCGAUUCCUUAGAGCUUUGCGUCUAAUGACCGUUCCAGACAUCCUCCAAUACUUGAAUAUCCUUAAAACUUCCACAUCCAUUCGAUUAGCUCAGCUGAUCUCGAUCUUCAUCUCUGUUUGGCUGACAGCAGCCGGCAUUAUACACUUGCUUGAGAAUAGCGGCGAUCCACCUGACUUUAGCAAUGUGCAUGAACUCGGCUACUGGGAAUGUGUGUAUUUUCUCAUGGUCACCAUGUCCACAGUAGGGUAUGGAGACAUUGUCUGUUCCACUUCCAUUGGAAGGGUGUUUCAAAUUCUCUUUCUGGGUGUGGGAUUGGCCUUGUUUGCAUCUUGCAUCCCAGAAAUCAUAGAUCUCAUUGGUACCCGACCAAAAUAUGGUGGGACCUAUAAGAAUGAGCGGGGACGAAGGCAUAUUGUGGUGUGCGGACAUAUAACCUAUGAGUCAGUGUCACACUUUCUAAAGGACUUUCUUCAUGAGGAUCGUGAAGAUGUCGAUGUGGAGGUGGUUUUCUUGCACAGAGCGGAUCCCGAUCUUGAGUUUGAGGGCCUUCUCAAACGCCAGCACACCCGAGUCAAGUAUUUUCAGGGAUCUCUUAUGAAUGCCAUGGAUCUGGAAAGGGCCAAGGUUCAUGAGGCUGAUGCUUGCCUAGUUUUGGCCAACAAGUAUUGCCAAGAUCCCGAUGCAGAAGAUGCAGCCAACAUCAUGCGGGUCAUAUCCAUUAAGAACUAUUCAGAUGAUAUCCGUGUCAUUAUCCAGCUGAUGCAAUACCACAACAAAGCCUACCUUCUAAACAUUCCAAGUUGGGAUUGGAAGCGAGGGGAUGAUGUGAUUUGUUUGGCUGAACUCAAACUGGGAUUCAUUGCCCAAUCUUGUCUGGCACCAGGUUUCAGUACAAUGAUGGCCAACCUGUUUGCCAUGCGUUCAUUCAAAACAAGCCCAGACACUCUUCAGUGGCAAAACGAUUACCUUCAUGGGACUGGAUGUGAAAUGUAUACUGAGACCCUAUCACCCACCUUCACUGGCAUGACCUUUUCUCAAGCCUCUGAGUUGUGUUUUGUGAAGUUGAAGCUCCUUCUCUUGUCUAUUGAAGUCAAAGCAGAUGAUGGCAAUGACAACAAGAUUUCCAUCAAUCCAAGAGGGACAAAACUCCCAUCAAACACAGUUGGAUUCUUUAUUGCGCAAUCUGCUGAGGAGGUCAAGAGGGCCUGGUUCUAUUGCAAAGCUUGUCAUGAGGAUAUAAAGGAUGAGUCCAUGAUUAAGAAGUGCAAAUGCAAGAACUUGAUUGGUGGGAUUUUAGUGUCUUCUGUUCUAAAAAGCAAUCAAAUUGCUCGCCAUGUCACUUCUGAUGGAAAAAUUAAUGGGGAUGACGAUUUUGACUCGAUAUUCAUGUCCUCGAGCCAAAGCAAAACAGGCCUCUCAACGGCCUCGAAUGCUGCGGCCAACGUUGUCAGUGGAAAGACCGUGAAUAGUCUGAAGAAGGCUGUGGCAGCGAAUCGUGGAGAGUCCGAAGACUCCAAACCCCUCAUGGCCCCUCCCAACAAUGGAACAAGGAAACCCGAAGUUCAGGGUGGGUCUGAUGAAUCGUAUGGUGGAUACCAUUUGUCGUAUGAAGUGAAAAAGCUGAUGCCCACGAAUAAGGCAGCCGCGCAAAAGCCGAAUGGAAAGGGCAUGGAGGUGGGCAUAGCCGAUGAUCAAGCCCGAGACUUUGACUUUGAAAAGACUGAAAUGAAGUAUGACUCCACUGGGAUGUUUCAUUGGACCCCAGCUCGAGCCAUCGAGGACUGCAUCCUGGAUCGCAACCAAGCUGCUAUGACAGUAUUAAAUGGCCAUGUGGUGGUCUGUCUCUUUGCCGACCCGGACUCACCUCUGAUCGGUUUGCGGAACCUGGUGAUGCCUCUAAGGGCCUCCAAUUUCCAUUACCACGAACUUAAGCACGUGGUCAUUGUUGGAGCCGUGGACUAUAUCCGGCGCGAAUGGAAGACCCUGCAGAACCUCCCCAAGAUUUCUGUUCUCAAUGGCUCUCCAUUGAGUCGGGCAGACUUGAGAGCCGUCAACGUGAACCUCUGCGACAUGUGCGUAAUUUUGUCGGCCAAAGUGCCUUCAAAUGACGACCCCACCCUGGCAGACAAGGAGGCCAUUCUGGCUUCUCUCAACAUCAAGGCCAUGACCUUUGAUGACACAAUUGGAGUGCUAAAUCAAAAUCCCAUCUCGGCGGACAAUAUGAGUCCAUUAGGAAGUCCGAUUGUUCUUCAACGCAAGGGAUCUGUCUAUGGAGCAAAUGUGCCUAUGAUCACAGAAUUGGUCAAUGAUAGUAAUGUCCAGUUCUUGGAUCAAGACGAUGACGAUGAUCCCGACACCGAGCUGUACUUAACCCAACCGUUCGCUUGCGGGACGGCUUUUGCCGUGAGUGUGCUUGAUUCCCUCAUGUCCACGACUUAUUUUAAUCAGAAUGCCUUGACUUUAAUUCGAUCGUUAAUCACUGGGGGUGCCACUCCCGAGUUGGAGCUCAUCCUCGCCGAAGGGGCGGGCUUGAGAGGCGGGUAUUCUACUCCCGAAACUUUGUGUCAUCGUGACAGAUGCCGGGUGGGUCAAAUUUCUCUCUACGACGGCCCAUUAGCUUCCUUCGGGAAUAUGGGCCGUUACUUGGACUUGUUUGUUGCUGCGUUGAGGAAUUAUGGGAUGCUCUGUAUAGGGCUCUACAGGUUCCGUGACACCUCCAGUUCUUUUGAUGCCUCCAGUAAGCGCUACGUCAUUACAAAUCCUCCCGGAGAAUUUGCACUCCUGCCCACGGACCAGGUUUAUGUUUUACUUCCGUUUGAGAGGAAGCAUAGCAGAUACAGUUUCAGUGAAACCAGAUUAUGAAGCAACCCCAUCCACAAUGUGAUGAUACAUUUCGAAAAUAUCCCAACAGUAUUUGUCCUCAUGCAAUUUGACCACGGCAUGGAGUAUCGACCCGAUUGGGGCUUCAAAUCAGUGCCUGGAAUGUCCGGCUUACCAGGCGCUCCUGGAGUUCCCCGAGGCUCUGGCUCUUCAUCGCGGAAGUCCGUUGGGAAUGCGGCCCUCAUGGGCACGCCCAAGGCCAAACCUGGCUCCAAUUCCGCACUCAACACAACCACCAAGGACGAUAAGAGCUGACUAUUGCUUUGUAGUGCUCUCACCGACGGCCCCUAUUCGUAUAUCUAAUAUCCACUAUUUUGUGGAAGGAGCUUCUAAUUGGCCCUAACACCCGGACCACUUGCAAGAGAGCACUACAAGCACAACCUACUUAAUCACACGCCCACCUACGAAACCACCAACCACCAUUACCACCAUUACCACAACCACCAACUAUUAUGUACUUACUUACAUCAAUUCCGAAAGCACCACGAUAACAAAACCCGCACCCACGCCCCUAAAUAUUCUGUGAUUGCCAACACGUACAGUUUCUUUUUUCUAGUCACGCCUUCUUCUUGUAAAGAUGAACAUUUACUGAAAGCUAAGGGGUGUGAGGUGCGAAUGCGUGAUGUUUGUAAUCACUUGUAAAUCCGCCCUCUUCUGAUGACCUCUUCUCAUAUCCGGAUCAACUUAUCAAUCUCUCCAAAUUGUCCCGCGUUUCUUUGUGAUGUUGAAUACGAUAUCAGGUCUUGUUUUGAAAAAGCCAACUACUUAUUAUUAUUACUAUGUGAAUCAGAGAUGAUUUUUAUACAGUACUGUUUUCUGUGUUGACAUUAAAUUCUUCCCACACUCCAA